AUGCCCGCUUCACUGCCCUCGACGUUGGAUGACGAUUUCAAGGUGGAAAGCGAACAACAUGAACAUCGCCAGCAGUCAAUAACCGCAGCACUACAACUUACUGGUCCUGAAACCGCCGGCAACAUGGCAGAACAAGACGAAGCCGGCCACACAGAGCUUGUGCACGUGGAUCCAUCUCCCAUGGACAACUCGACGACCGGGAAUAUAAACACGGAUCGGCUUCAGAACCUCUCAUUAUCGCCGAAGAAGCCCGAAAGCCUCAGUGUUCAGACGCAAGCCGACGCACCGCCUCCGCCUCCACAGAAAGACGAAGUGUAUAUUGAUCCUACCCCGAAGACUCCGCAGGCCCCUCGUUCUCCGAUCGGAUUACCAGCCGAACAUACCGAGAAGGAGCUUCCUAAUGUGCCUCAAGAUAGUCAACCCGAAGAUCGCAAGGAAGAAGCCGAUGUCAACAGGACUGACGAUGGAGGCGACGGUGACGGCGACGGCGACGAUCAAUCGGAGAUUCAAAGUAUAAUGGAGCAAUUCUCCAACGAAAUAGAGGGGCCCAAGGAGACAGAAAUCAUGUCCCCACGCUUAGAACUUGCGGAGCAUCACUUUAUGGGUCAGCAAAAUCAGUUUCCCACACGGAGGUUGAGUCUUGAACCGCCAGCGAAGAGCACCAGCACUAAUAGCAUCCCGUCAUCCUCUGGACCGUCUUCUAUACCACCACCCAUCGUCGUACCCAAAUCGAGCCAGAACUUUGGAAAUGAUGUUCCUGGAACCCCUCAAUCCACAUCUUCGAGAACAGGGCUGCCGCCCCCUGAACCAGAGCCAGAUCAACCGUUUGAUUUUCAUCGUUUCCUUGAACAGCUGCGCCAUCGCACCGCAGACCCAGUUGCCAAGUUCCUCCGCUCAUUCUUGACGGAAUUUGGUAAGAAACAAUGGCAGGUGCACGAGCAGGUCAAGAUCAUUAGCGAUUUUCUAGCUUUCAUAACGAACAAGAUGGCGCAGUGUGAGGUGUGGAGACAUGUCUCGGAUGCAGAAUUUGAUAACGCAAAGGAAGGGAUGGAGAAGCUGGUUAUGAAUAGGUUAUACAGUCAGACGUUUUCUCCUGCCAUCCCGCCCCCUCCUUCUGUGCCUCGAAGUGCCAGUAGGAGUAAACGAAGGGAGAUGGAGAGAAUGCAUGGCCCCGGCAGACGUGGCCAGCACCAGGAAGAUGUUGAGCGGGAUGAAAUCUUGGCCCAGAAGAUCCGGAUAUAUAGCUGGAUACGACCGGAGCAUUUAGAUAUACCUUCCCUUGGCAACAAUGGGCGUCGUUUCAUCAAUCUUGCGCAACAAGAACUGGGGAAAAUAAAAAACUAUAGAGCUCCAAGAGACAAAGUUAUUUGCAUCCUCAAUUGCUGCAAGGUUAUUUUUGGACUGUUGAAGCACUCGAAGAAUCCUGAUACAUCGGCGGAUUCAUUCAUUCCUAUUCUGAUUUAUGUGGUUCUAAAAGCGAACCCUGAGCAUCUAGUUUCUAAUGUGCAGUACAUUUUGCGUUUCCGCAAUCAAGAUAAACUGGGAGGUGAAGCUGGUUAUUACCUAUCUUCUUUGUCUGGUACCCUUCAGUUCAUCGAAACUCUUGACCGCACGAGUUUGACUGUUAGUGACGAAGAGUUUGAAAAGAAUGUGGAGGCCGCAGUGUCAGCGAUUGCGCAGGAGAAUAUGAAGGCGGAAUCAGAGUCAGCGAGCGCACAAGCUACUCCGCGCGCAUCGGCCGAGGGCGAGAGACUCCUACAACGGCGAGACGGGCCGUCGUCGUCGGGCGAUGAAGAGAACGCACCGGUUGCUGGGUUGCUCCGGUCAAUCCAGAAACCGCUGUCAUCAAUCGGGAGGAUAUUCUCCGAGGACACAGAGCUAGACAGGAGAUCUCAACAGACUAGCUCGAAUGUAUCGCCAUUACCCGGGCCGCGACCCCCUGGCGGGCUUGACGCGCAAGAAGCAGCGGCGCGGCAGGCCAGUGCCGAAGCAGCAGAAGCUCGCAGGAUACAGCGGGCAGAACACAGGGACGUGGUGGAAACGUUAUCGGGAAUGUUCCCCAACCUCGAUAAAGAUAUCAUUGACGAUGUUGUCCGGAUGAAGGAGGGAAGGCACGUAACCCAUCUGUCUGUCUGUCCUAAACCAAACAAUUCACUGACGUUACGCAUGGUAGAGUCGGACUGGCGGUAG